AUGGCAGCCGUAACCGUCCAGCCAAACGGCCAUUCCAACCUGUCUUUGGCUACAAAUGGUGUCAAGCAUACAGAAUACAUCAACGAGAGCCACCCCAAGGCUGUUGCUGUGGUUAACGGCAGCUCUAAAUCAACCACAGGUCCCGUGCUACCUGUGUACAAGACCUUGUUCAGCGCCUGGCCACGAAACUCGGCGCGAACGAUACCUCCAUCAUCAUGGGCAGCAGACUGUCACCAUUUAGUUGAUCACGUCACUCAAGAUGUGGAUGCAUGGUUUUUAGAGAAUUGGCCAUUUCCAAAUGACAAGGCUCGACAGGCGUUUGUAAACGCAGGGUUUUCCCGCGUUACCUGCCUGUAUUACCCGCUGGCUAAAGAUGAUCGCAUUCACUUUGCCUGUCGCCUUCUCACUAUAUUGUUCCUAAUCGACGACCAGCUUGAACAUAUGUCAUUUGACGAGGGCAAGGCAUACAACGAGAAACUCAUGCCAUUGGCUCGGGGAGAUGCAUUGCCAAACAGAGCAGUCCCGGUGGAGUACAUGUUUUACGACUUAUGGGAGAGCAUGCGAGCCCAUCACAGACAGUUGGCAGAUGAUAUCCUUGAGCCGACCUUUGUAUUUAUGCGAGCCCAGACAGACAAGACCAGAAAGGAAAUUACAGAAAUCGGCCACUACCUCGAGUAUCGGGAGAAAGACGUUGGGAAAGCCUGGGAAAAGGAGCUCAAGCAGUCAAAAGUCAGUUCCGAGGAAGGAUCAUACCUCUGCUCGGCUGUGAAAGUUCUUGCAGACAGCACAGCGCUGGAUAUUGAGGCCAGUAAGGCAUGCUUGUGGACCAUGGUGCGGGAGUGGGAGCGAAGACAUGAUAUCCUUAGCUCAGAGCUGCACAUAUCACCUCCAUACACUGAGACGAAGAUGCUAUACCUGAAGGGCCUAGAAUAUCAAAUGAGCGGGAACGAGCUUUGGAGCAGAACAACGUCGAGAUAUCUUGUAUGA